AUGGCCAAGGAACAAGAGAAGGAAGAACUAAUCGAGCUGGUGAAAAUCUUCAAAAAGGUGGAGGUCAAUAUGCCCCUUUUGGUCGCGCUACGCUCUUUGCCCAGAUGCGCGAAAUUUCUCAAAGAACUCUGCACUCGGAAGGUCAAAUACACCGAUGAUGCAAAAUUUCAAGUGGGGGAGUCCGUAUCCGCGGUCUUGCAGAGAGAUAUGCCCAUAAAAUGUGGGGAUCCUGGCAUGUUCUACAUCCCAUUUGUAAUAGGAACCAUGAAGGUGGAGAAGGCAAUGCUCGAUUUAGGGGCAUCCAUCAACGUUAUGCCCUUAUCCAUGUACCGGGACCUGGAGAUAGGACCACUAAAACCCCGAGUGGUAAUCCAAUUGGCAGAUCGAUCAAACGUCUACCCAGAGGGAAUAUUGGAAGACGUUUUGGUCAAAGUAGAGGAACUCAUCUUUCCAGCAGACUUCUACAUUCUCGAUAUGGGAAAAUCAAAAGCACGGGAUCCGGUUAUGCUUUUGGGCAGACCAUUCCUAAAGACUACCAGAACUCGCAUUGAUUGUGAUACGGGCAAGCUAAUAUGUCAAUUCGAAGGGGAAACAGUGACCUUCGACAUAUACAAUGCCAUGAAACAUCCAGCUGAUACAGAAAUGGUGAGAAGUGUUGACAUGAUCGAGAAGGUUGUUGAGGAGUUUUUGCCCAGAACAGCAUUCAAGGAGCCGUACGAUGCAAUAAUUCAGAAUGGCAUAACCGAGCAUGACUUGCAAGAAGAGUCAUUGCAGGAGGCGGUGAAGGUACUAAAUGCAUGGAGCGAAGGGGUCAACCACACUGAGGCUUUGAAAAUCCCUAACUUGAAGGAGUAA